AUGUGUGUGCUCAUAUCGGCCUUGUUUCUUUUGGAGGGGGUAGGAGUGGGGGGGGUACACUCUGUGGUGCAGUGGUUGGGGGAGUGGGGGGGUACACUCUGUGGUGCAGUGGUUGGGGGUAGGAGUGGGGGGGUACACUCUGUGGUGCAGUGGUUGGGGGUAGGAGUGGGGGGGGUGCAGUGGUUGGGGGAGUGGGGGGGUAGGAGUGGGGGGGUACACUCUGUGGUGCAGUGGUUGGGGGUAGGAGUGGGGGGGGUGCAGUGGUUGGGGAAUUUCAUAUCGUCCCCCGGGGCCUCAUCCCCCAGGGCCUCAUCCCCCGGGGCCUCAUCCCCCGGGGCCUCAUCCCCUGGGGCCUCAUCCCCCGGGGCCUCAUCCCCGUCUUUAGGCUGA